ACAUCUGUUGAAAGUGACCAGACUCUCAGUUUGUUCAGCACCUGUGCACAGACGGAGCCUCCCAGCAGUCUCCGGAUCGUGGUCAGAAUUAACCAGCAUCAGCGACAGACGCGGGCGGCUGGGAUCCAGAGAGCAAUUUAAAUCAUUGCUAUUUCUCCUCCAGUCUCUGCACUGCAAUCAGAAGCCGAGGAUGGCGAUGAAGCGCGGCGCCACAUCCAGUUGCCUCUUCGUUCUUAUCUGCUAUGUUGCAGCUUCAACCCCAGGCAGCAAUACAACUAUGGACACCACAGGAACAUUCACUAAGACCUCUUCAAGUACAUUAUCUACAGCUGGUACGACCUGGUCACCAUCAAACUCCACUUCGCCGGUGGCACCAACCUCCAUGGCGACUGAACAAGCAAGUGCUUCGAGUUCAGCAAGUGGUAACACAACUUUGGUUGUCAGCUCGAGUACGGCAGCUGUUAAUGCACCCUUGCCCUCCAGCACGAGUACGGCAAGUGGUAACGCCAACACCACCGCGGUCCCUGGCGCUUCGGCAAAUGGUAACACCACCCCGGCCCCGGCAACUGGCAACACAACCAUGUUCCUAAGUUCAAGUAUGGCAACUGGCAACACAACCAUGUUCCCAGGUUCAAGUGCGGCAAAUGUUAACACGAGUAUGGUGCCAGGUUCUGGUAUGGCAACUGUUAACACAACCAUGUUCUCAAGUUCAAGUACGGCAAAUGUUAACACGAGUAUGGUUCCAGGUUCUGGUAUGGCAACUGUUAACACAACCAUGUUCCCAAGUUCAAGUUCGGUAAAUGUCAACACCACCUUGAUCUCUGGUGCUACCACUACUGGAGCUUUAGUAUCCAAUACAAGUUCCACAACUGUUUCUAUCGCCAAUGAAACAUCUACUUCAGCCCAGAACAAUAUGAGCACCGAUGGAACGAUGGCCACUGGUUUGAAUUCGUCGUUUGUGUCUACAAGCUCCCAGGUCAACCAAACAGGCACAGUAACAAGUGCUCCAACAACUUUGGCUGUAACCCCGUCUACAAUUGCGACUGAGAACGUCACCCAAACUUCAACAUUUGACCCCACAGCCAUCGCUACCCUACCUAGUAAUGCAUCAACCAACUCGACGAGUGCAAGUACAACUACAAAUACAACAGUACCAACUACAGUUUCAAAAAAUGAGACCUUUAUCACAAUUACUCCUAACACCACACUAACAAGCACACCAGUACCAACGAUGCUAGUCAACACGACAGCCCUCACUACAAACGUUCCCAAUUCCAAUAUGACCACACAUUCUCCGAAGACUUCAGCAAUGCGGCCUGCAGUUCAAUGCCUCAAUGUGAUUUGUCCAUUCGGCAGUAAAUGUGUGAAUCUUUUUGCAUCGUACAUCUGUCGCUGUCUUCCUGGACAAUAUGUGCAAGAUGGUAACUGCGUAAUAGUGAGAACCUUCCCUGGAGUCCUCCAUUUAUCAACCGUGAAUUUUCUUCCGGCCAUGAGUGAAAUGAAUUCAAGGACAUUCUUCGAAACGGCAUCCAAAAUAGAGAAGGAGUUGAAAAGAUUCUUCAAAAAUGACCAUUCCUACUACAGAUCUAUUGUUUGGAAGCUUGAAAAAGGGAGUGUUAAGGCCUUUGUUGACAACAUCUUUUCAACUUCUUCCAAUGCAACAGAAGCAUCUGUCAUCCAAAAUAUCAAAGCUGGCAUCAGAAACUGUUCAAACUGCUCACUGGUAACGACAUCCGACAGUUACGCUCCUGAAACUCUGUGCAACCUCAAUUUUUGUGAUAUCAACACCUCCAAAUGCAAAGCGAACAAUGGGAUUGGCAUGUGCAGCUGUCUACCUGGUUACUACAAGUUUGUAAAUACUGAUCGAAGUUGCAAAGCAUGUCCAAGCGGCUUCAAGGUUCAGAAUGGAGCAUGUGUAAAGUGUCCAUUUGGUUACGGAGGAUUCAACUGCGAUAAAUCAUAUUUGUUGGCACUGGUGGUCGUUUCCUGUGUGCUGGGUGGUAUCCUCCUACUCCUGCUGUUGGCCUUAAUGGGAACCUGCCUCAGAUUAAGGAGCGGUGCUUAUAGCUCCUCAUCCGGCUCCCAUGACUAUGUGAUGUGGCCCAAAUCGGAGAUGCCAAAGAUACCCCGUGCCACCAUGCACUGGGACGGCAACCAGCUGGAGAUGCAGGAGAACGGGAGCACCAGCAGCUUAACUGACAUCCACCGGGAAGGAGGAAGAACGCCUGAGAAGAACGAUGACUUGAAGACCUUUAAAGGAAAGCAGCAGUCUCGUUACACCUAUCUCUGUCAGGGGCAAGAGAAUCCAUAUUACGUCAGUGAUGAAAAGAAGCCGGAGUACUUGUAGAAAUCGGAAGGGGAUGAAGCACAUGCACUCAGACUAUUGUAAAGAGGCUGGCAUCCUUUGUACUUGUGUGUUUGUCACACAGCAAGUGUGAGGGAGGGGGCGGAAAAGAAUUUUACAAAAUUUCUAAACCAUGUUAUUGGAAAAUGGAAUUCAGGCCUACUGGCUACUAAAAUAUCAGAUGGGUAGAUAGAUAUCCAAGGUAGACUCUUUAGAACCUGCUGUUUGCCUCCCCUUACCCCAACAACAGCAAACAAAUCAAAUCACUAUUCCCAAUAUAACCACAUGAAACAUGGGAGAGAUAAGAAACUUAGAAUAAAAGACCAUGGAAUAUUAGUGGUCCCAAGAUUGGGAGGGGAGCUUGGAUAUGAAGAGUAUCUCAUAUUUGGGGCAUUU